AUGGCCUCACAAAAACCGCCUCGGUUGCCAUCAGAACUUGAAAAUGACCAACAGACGGCCGUAUUAUAUUCGCCUUUCCGAGAGAGGUCGCUGAACCCGCAGUCGUGGAGCAAAAAAAUGCAAUUCUGGCAACAAGUAUUGUCGCAGACGGCGCUGGAGAGACGAAUGGUCACUGUUGAUGUGCCGGCGCUGUCUCUCUUGUUUGAGCGGAACGGCAUUGUACCCAAGUGUCUGGGCACAGUUGUUGAAGAAAUGAAGAAAUGUGGGCAAAUUGAGUCUGUAGAUGAGCAGCGGAGGACACAGAGCUGGCUGUCGUGGGGCUUCAGUACCUUGGUGAAACAGCCACUGACUUGGGGAGUAGCUCGCCUCUUGGGUGCCACACACGCAGACAAAGCUGUCUAUGUCUGGCCAGCAGUUGUCAAGGUAAUCCCUGACCAUAUUGUUGAUUUUCCCAAUAGGUUUUCUGAGCUAGUGAUCGUGAUCCAGUUUUGCAAAAGAGGUGAAAUAUCUGCUCGUCCAAUCAGAGAGAUAGAUGUUCAGAUUUACAGAAUACACAUGGCUGAGAAGAAGCUGGAGACGGACAUAGAAGCCUUGACCCUGACAGUAGAGAGAUUACUUACUGAGGCCAGAUCUCACUUGAGACAGGGUAAAAAAAAUCUGGCUAAACAUUGCCUCAGAAAAAAGAGAAGGGUUAUGAUGACAAUGGAUAAGAGAUAUGCCUGUCUGAGCAAGCUGCAGGACAUCUUACACAACAUACAGGAGGCUGGCACACAUGACAUGGUGGUCAAGGCUUGUGUAGCUGGUUCUUCAGUACUGACACAUUUACAUAAACAUCUGAGUGCUGAGACAGUUGAAGAUGUCAUGGAUGAUGUCAGGGAGCUCACACUGACAUGCCUGUGUGUAGAUCAGACAUGCCUGUAUGUAGAGUGCUGUAAUACUGACGAUACAGAAUACUGA